AGGCGAGUGUCCGCAGUGUCGUACUUUGCGGAAAUUUUGAAAAAGUUUGGAUCUGGACUUUUGAGCCUUAUUUUGAAUAAAUUGAAGGCCGCAGAUUAAGGUUUAUUCGUGAUUUCAGUGGAGAGCGUAGGGUUCCUGCGAUGGCAGACACUGUGGAUAUUGGGGACAUUCCCAAAUCAAAACGGCCUUCGGAUUCGGCAUUCAAGCAGCAGCGGCUGCCCGCUUGGCAACCUGUGCUGACGGCCGGUACAGUUCUUCCGGCUUUCUUCGUGAUUGGAAUCGCUUUCAUUCCCGUAGGUGUUGCAUUGCUGUAUUUUUCAAACGCAAUUACCGAGUUUGUGUACGAUUAUACCAAUUGCGUUCAGGUAGGCAGCCUGAAUCGAACCUGCGCCGAGGUGCUAAGCUCUAAGGAAGCCGACGAUUGCCUGUGUUCGGUAAAUUUUACCUUGGAGAAGGAUUUCCUUGGCAAAGUCUACAUGUACUACGGAUUGACUAACUAUUAUCAAAAUCACCGGCGUUAUGUGAAGUCGCGGGAUGACGAUCAGCUUCUCGGCCGGUUGUCGACAACUCCUUCGAGCGAUUGCGCUCCGUUUGCUUACAGCGACGAUGCCAACACUCAACCGAUCGCACCAUGUGGUGCCAUUGCCAACUCUCUCUUCAGCGACACUUUCGAACUUUCAUCGGAAAAGUAUGGGCAGGUUCCACUGUUACGCACCGGAAUCGCUUGGCCAUCGGAUAAGAAAAUAAAAUUUCGCAAUCCAGAAGGUGAUCUCAGAGAAGCUCUGCAGGGAUUCGCUCGCCCUAGGGAUUGGCGAAAAGACCUCUGGGAAUUGGAUGUGGUUGAUGUGGACAAUAAUGGCUUUCAGAAUGAAGAUUUAAUCGUUUGGAUGCGAACGGCAGCUCUGCCCAGCUUCCGCAAGCUGCACAGGCGUAUCGAUCAUACCAGAAAAUUCUUCGAGGAUGGUCUGGGAAAAGGCAAUUAUACGCUUAAAAUCAAUUAUUCUUAUUCCGUUAGCGAAUUCGAUGGCACCAAAAAGAUAAUUCUGUCUACAACCUCCUUGCUAGGGGGCAAAAAUCCCUUCCUGGGAUUUGCCUAUAUCAUUGUGGGAAGUGUCUGUUUGUUACUAGGAAUUGUACUGCUGGUCAUUCACAUCAAAUGCAGUAAAAACACAUCCGGAAUCAAUAGCGUAAGUCAGCGCACGCCGUAUACAUAGGAGUUACUAUCGUUGAACAGCUAAAUCAUCCGAUUUCCACCCUUUGGUUGAUAGUUUAAGAUUUUGUUUUCUAUUGGUAAGUAAAACCAAUGCUGUGAGAGGACUAACGAACAGGAGCCUAAACUUUUGAACCGCAAACAGAUGUUUUAAUCUUAUUCAGUUAAGUUUGAAAUUUCUUUACUCUAUAGUGUUAAACUGUUGUUUCAUUCAUUCAUGCGUGACAGUGAAAAUUAUUUUUAAUGUGAAUGGCAGCUGUACUAGAAGUAUUGUUACUUUCCUCGAAAAUUAUUUCCUAUUCAGCGAACAACUGUUGUUAACAAUGAAGAUUUGCCAAAACCGUAGUCGCCAUGCAAUUUGUGUGGAAUAUGACAAAUUUUAUAUGACACCUAACAGAGCUCUUUUAUUGAAUUAGAAGCCUAAGGGGCUCUGUAGUUUUGACAAGCGAGUGGGCGUGAGUUCGCAUCUUACUGGAGAGUCUGAUCAUACGUUGUCAAGAGAUUUGAACACGAGCUUAUUCUCAGAUUGAAGCAUCUUGUCCAAAAGCAAAUUAUAAACUGGUUUUCGUAGUCCCCUGGCUCUAGAAGCGAGAUUGAUAUCGAACAGUAGCAAAAGCAUGAAAGAAAAUGCCCCAAUGCUCAAAAGUACAGAUGAUAAGCUACUCAACAGCAAUACUGAAAAAACAAAGUGCGGAAUACAGUAACACACCUGAAAGAUACGAUUAUUUAUUUACUUAUUUGGUUUUGCAUCUUAUGACUUUCCACAAUUCUCUCGGUCGUUGGCUACGGCUUCAUCUGGUUAUGCUCCUAGUUGUCUUGUUUUUACCGGUUUUUAAGCAAAGAUUAUCCUGCUCACUGUACGUCCCAUUUAAGUCACCUUUUGAAUACUGGGUUCACCGCAGAGCUGCACUUGUUCAUGGUUUUUUCUCCGCCUCCAUACUCUAUUCUCCUAUACGCCACAGAGGACUUUUCUUAGCACUCGUCUUUCGAAAAAAACUCCGAGUAAUGCAGGUUCUCCUCGAGCAAUGUCUACAUUUCGUGUCCGGAGAAAAAAGUCGCUCUAAUAAGGGUCUUGUACAGAAUAUACUUUGUGUGUGACGAGCAGAUUAGCUUUGCUUUUAUUUGUGCUCUUUCUGCGCAAGAUGAGUGGUUUUAAGAGAAAACAGUAUUUUUGAAUCAUUCGGAAGGAGAGCUAACGCUUGAAGAGAAAACAAAAGCACUUGGUCGUUGUGAGAAACAUAUGUAUCUGUCUCUUUACGGUUAAGAUGAGCAAAAACAAGCCUGAACCCGACAGAGGUCGCCGACUCCGUAGCAGACCCUGGAUACGGGCAGACCCUUGGAUGACGAGGAUAGGAUAUUAGGGGCGAUUGGAAAGUUGCAGCCCAAGCCCGACAAGCGUGAAGCCGACUUCUAAAUUCCGCCCAGAUUCGAUAAGCGAAUUGUUACCGAAAAAGUGAAGUAAAAGUAAAAAAGUAGGAGUUCGAAUGAACUCGACAAUCCGUCCGAAAUCGGCGCAUAGCACUUAGCACUGCGUUGCAUCCAUCGUAGUCUUAAUCAGUCCGAUCCCGGGGAAGACGUCCAUGAUUUUUUUAUAGCUCUAUGCGGUCGAUAGCAUUAUAAGCAGCUUUAAAAUCGAUGACCAGAUGGUGCAUGGAGUAUCUGUGCAUAAUCGGAGCAUAACGAUUUAUUCAGUCGUUGACUUUCCGACCCGACUGUUAAUUGGUGUAAAUCGCCGGAAGAUGAUUUGAAAAUGCACGUUGUAGGCGACAUUUAGAACGAUUCUGGAAGUCUAACUUUUCGCCUUCUUGUAGAUCUGGCAAAUAGCUCUACCCUUCCACUUGUUCGGAAGUUAUUCUGCAUCCCAAAUUCUUACGACACUCUGGACCCUGUUCUCACUGUCAUCUCAUCUGAACAGGGAUGGUUCGAUCACUUUGACUCAAUUUUGAUUCAUUUGACAGUACCGUCUAAAUGGGGUCAAAUAUGACAAAGUUAUGUAUGAGACAUUUGUAGAACAGGUUAUUAUCUAUAAUUUGGCUGAAUAAAGUUUUGCUGUAUCUUUUGUAGUUACGGCGCUACAAUGCUAGUAUCUUAUUAGUGACUAAAUGAACGUUCAUUUAGUCACUGAUGAGUAGCACCGUAAUUACAAAUGAUACAGCAAAACUUCGUUCAGAAAACUUGUAGAUUAGAACUAGUUCUACAAAUGUCCCAUACAUAACAUUGUCAUAUCUGGCUCUGCUGAGACGGUACUGUCAAAUGAAUCAAAAUUGAGUCAAAGUGAUCGAACCAUCCCUGCAUCUGAAGUGAGAACUCAAUUUGCGAUUCGGUACAAAUCAAAUAGAUGACUGUACAAAUCAAAUCGAAACUGUAAGGAGAGGUGAGGGUGAGUGAGGUGACUGAGAAUAGGAUCCUCUAAUAAACCCCGUUCCGAUGCCUUCGUUCCCAGGCGAUUUAUUGUUCUUGAGCUGAUCGAUGGCAUCCUUAACUUCGCCUGUCUUUGCGACUGGCUGCCACGAUUCGUAGCAUCAAAGAAAUUGUUUUCUCUACCGCCAUGUUUUUGUUCUAUCUAGGCGCUUUUCAGAUGUUCGAUGGAGGGUGCUACCUCUGCUCACCCCUCACGAUCAUCCGUCAAGAUAGUAUCAUUCUUAUCUCGAUACUUUCCGACUCGCGGUACAAAGCCUUUGCAGAAUGCAAUAAAUUUUUGGUACAACUAUCGCGUUUCCUAAGAACGUUUCAGUUGUUUGUUGUUCUAACUUCGCACACUGCUCUUCCAGCUGACGCUUUUGCCUUUUGCUCUCGUUUCAGUUGCCUCCAUAUUCUUCUGUCUGUGUCUUUUCACGUUCUAACGGGUGGUACUGCGCAACUUUGACGUCUGCGUAGCGUUCUUCUCAUUCAUUAGCCUUCUAUAUUUUUCGUCAUACCAGUCGUUCCGCAGAUUCUGUUCAAGUGACCAAGGAUGUUCGCUGCUACGCUGUCUAUGACUGUUUCGAUGGUGUCCCAACAUUUCUUGAGAAAGGCUUCGUACAGUACGCUUUCUUGUGAUAUCACGGCUUCGCGCGAAUGCGCGUAAUUCUCGGUGACGUCAGGCUGUUUCUGUUGCGCAAGAUUUAACCGACGCUGUUAUCGAUACCUAAUGCCGCUUAUAACGGAGAAUUUUGAACUCAUCUUAACCUGAGAGAGAGUCGCGGAGACGGUCUUCUUUUUCUUAUGCUUUGGCUGUUCUUCUUCUUCCUAUUACGUUUGCUUUCAUUUUCGGGCAAAUAAAUGAAACUUGUGCGUGAACAUCUCAUUGGGCGUGUGAAGUGUGCAUUUUAUAAUAACAUAUUUUGGUGUUAAUUGUUACACGGGCAUUUCAGUUUUUGCAAAAAUGUUAAUUUACAAUUGAGACAAACAAGACUAAUUCAAUUCCGAAUGUGUUUUUCACAAAAACACCGGCAGAAAACUUAUGAGAAUUAACAAUACUUUUCCAUUUUGGGACAACGAUAACGACUGGCUGCAUUUGACAGAUCGUACUGGCUGCAUUUGACGUUAGAAUUUUUCCUCUUCGCGAAUCUCUCUCAGAUCUUAACCAUUACCAAAUAAAGGUUGGAGUCAGCGUUAACGCAUCGAUAGGAUCUGACGUCCAUGAUGUCUAAAAUGAAAAGUGCCGGCAGUUAAUCAAAGCGAGGUCGAUCCAUUUUUCAAUCUGAUGUUGUGAUCUCCGGUGUAUUUUAGUUGGUGUUUUGAUUGGAAGAAGGUAUUACGUACGGGCAUAAACUGGUUUGCACUAAACUUUCCAAUCACCGGUUUGUAUUCCUGCCUCUAGUCAUUGAAAUCCCUGAUGACUAUCCUGCUGUCAUGUUUUGGGUCGAUGCUUCUACUGUGCGUAGAAUUCCUCCUUGUCAUUGUCAUUGUCAGUUGAGAAAUCGGCAAUUCAUAGCGUUGGUCAUUUUCUUUAUUUUUCGUUGUUGAAUGCUGGUGACUUACAGGGCGUUUAGUAUCAAACGGGGGGCCAUCGUAUACAGCUUUAUUUAAAAUCCUGCACUGAGACUUAACUAACACAGAGUUAAAACGACAUUUUGAGCUACUGUUAACAUAGAGAACAGACUAACAAGCGUUCUCGGUUAACAACAUACGAUAUCAAGUUCUUCCGCCCCCUUCUUACUCGCUCUUUUCUUGGUUAGUUAUAUCCUCGCUGAAGAUUGACACAGAACAGAUUUCGAAGGUUCCCGAGCUUACUAAAAUUUAGUAAUGUUGUUUUAAAGUACAUUUUGACUUGAACUAUAAUUAAAAAAACGCAACAGACUUUGCGUCAUUCUAUUCCAAGUGGAAUUCAACUUUUCGUUGCUGGAUGGGUAAGAUCAAAACAAGUUUUUCGAGGAAAGUUAACGACCAUCACAGUACAUAGCGGUAUUCUUUACGUUUAUGAUUUUAUGCUGCGUUCGUCGUUAGCUGUUCACACGUCGACCGUAUUUAUAGAGUAGGAAAACUAUGAAAAAAAAAUUAAAAGUUAAUGGUAAUUUGUAAAUUUAUGCAAAAACUAUCUUCGAUAAGUCACAUCGAUAGCACAUCAUUGUAGGAUUAGUGUCCCAGUCAGUGUGAAGUAUUAAUAGUAAUUACAAAAGAGAAAAUUUAUCACUGUUGAGCAUCAUUUUAGCAUAGCCUAGGACAGAGAGCUAUAAACAUCGCAGCACUACCGAGCUAAUUAAAUAUUCAAAUCGGAAUCACAUCAAUAAAGACUAGACUAGAAAGCCUUCUUCAAAAACGUUGUGCUAUAACCGUAAAAUUCUAGAAAACUAUAUCUAACCAAUCACAUUUUGCAGAACGAGGCCUUUGGUAGUGUUCGAACCCGUUAACGGUUAUUUUCGAAAAGAAGAACCACAUUCACAUUCACAAAACUAAGAAAGAAAGAAAAAAACCGUGAAAAUUUUG